AUGCUCCCCUCUUUGGUGGGUGGGCUUCAACCAGCAUCUUUCGCAUCAGUCAACAUUCUCCUCUCCAUCACAACAUUUCUUAGCAAUUCUCUUAUCCUUGUUGCCCUUCACAAGGAAUCUGCCCUCCAUGCGCCGUCCAAACUCUUGUAUCGUUGUCUGGCAACAACUGAUCUGUUGGAUGGUCUUAGUGCUCAACCUCUCUAUGUUACCUGUUGGAUGUCCGUGGUUCACGAACACUGGACUCUUUGUUAUUACGAAGAGACAGCAGCCUACAUCAUAGGCUCAGCAUUAUGUGGAGUUUCUUUGUUGACGAUGGCGGCAAUAAGCGUGGACAGACUUCUCGCCCCGUUGGCAGGGCUGAGACACAAAUACAAUACUCAUCACAAUUAG